AUGAACAGAGACGUCGAGAAACUCAAAAAUCUCAAACGAGUUGAGCUACAACAGAUCGCUGCUCAAGAGGGUAUCAAAGCAAAUCAAAAGAGCGCAGUGAUCAUCCAACAACUUUUGGCCAAGUAUCCUAGAGGCGUUCCAAGGUGUGUUGCUCUUUCGAAAUGA